AUGACUACAAAUUUGGGGCCUAAGUUAAAGUUUGUGAUGCCUCUAAAAAAGAGUCUUUCAUUUGAGGAUGUUUUCGAGGCGAAUUGCGAUCCUGAAUAGAAAUAAUGGAAUAAUUCUAAGAUGGAUCGGAAAGUAAGUUUUGCCGUCUCCACUCUCGUAUUUCUCAGAUACUCGGAAGAAGAAAUACUAAAUUUCAGACAAAGAUUGAAAUCAUAAAUCCAUAGUAGUAUAGAGUUGAUUGAGUCCUCAUAUUUAAAUCCGUAGUUGUGUAGUCCUGGUAAAUAAAACAGAAGGAAGUCCUGCUUCAAGGAAAACGAAGAGCAUAUCAACUGA